AUGUCUACAACCCUCGGCUCCUUCAUAGCCGGCGGCAUAGCAGCAUGCGGUGCAGUCACAGUAACCCACGGCUUCGAGACCGUCAAAAUCCGACUACAACUACAAGGCGAGCUUAAAGCGAGAAGCGACGCGCCGCGAUUAUACAAGGGCGUCUUCCACGGUGUCAGCGUCAUCUUGAAGAAUGAAGGACCCAGAGGUUUACUACGUGGUCUGGGAUGUGCAUACGUCUACCAAAUGACCCUCAACGGCUGCCGACUAGGCUUCUACGAACCCCUCCGCAAGACCCUCACAAACGUCGUAUACAGCGACCCAGCCGUCCAAUCCUUCGGCAUCAACCUCUUCGCCGGCGCUUCAUCCGGUGUCCUAGGCGCAGCAGCCGGCUCCCCCUUCUUCCUCGUAAAGACGCGGUUGCAAUCCUACUCGCCCUUCCUACCCGUCGGCACACAACACAACUACCGAAACGCCGUCGAUGGCAUGCGGCAAAUAUACGGCGGCGAAGGAGUCAAGGGCCUGUACAGAGGUGUAGGACCGGCCAUGGUACGCACAGGUUUCGGCAGCUCAGUCCAACUGCCCACGUAUUUCUUCGCGAAGAGGCGGUUAGUGAAACAUCUGGGUAUGGAAGAGGGCAUGCCGCUGCAUAUUGCGAGUAGCACGGCCAGUGGCUUUGUCGUCUGCUGUGUCAUGCAUCCCCCGGAUACCAUCAUGUCGCGCAUGUACAACCAGACGGGCAACCUGUACACAUCGGCUUUUGACUGCUUGAGUCGGACGGUCAAGACGGAGGGUAUCUUUGCGCUGUACAAGGGCUACUUUGCUCAUCUGGCGCGCAUUCUGCCCCAUACGAUUCUGACCCUUACACUCGCCGAACAAACGAUCAAGCUCAUGCGCUUGGUAGAAAACCGGAUAGGCGUUUCAGACGUCAAGGAGAAGAUAUGA